UUUGCAACCCGCCAGUAUACCCACAAAAGAAGAAGAUUGUAGGCUACUUCAAAACACACAUGCUGCACGGAUACAUACUAAAGAUUGAUGAAUUCAGCUGAUUAUAAGCAAGGCCAUGGAUGAAGAAUUUACUCCAUUAGAUUGCCUAUUGCCUUCAGGAAAACAGAAAAUAGGCCUGCUUAUCCUAAACCAGCCAUUGGAUGAACAGUACUUCGAUGUCCUGUGGAAUAAAGCCAAGAUCCGGGCAUGUGCGGAUGGAGGGGCCAAUCAGCUGUACCGGUUUACAGAGGGUCGUCGUGAGAGUUUUCUCCCAGACUACAUAAGUGGAGAUUUUGAUUCAAUCCGACCAGAAGUCAAAGAUUUCUACAGAGAAAUGAACUGCGAGUUAAUGGAAACACCAGACCAGGACCUGACAGACUUCACUAAGUGCUUGGCCAUUAUGCUGGAGAAGAUCAAAGAACAGAAACUGCAGGUGGACACAAUAGUAACUCUGGGUGGUCUUUUGGGCCGCUUCGAUCAGAUCAUGGCCUCCGUGGAGACUUUAUUUCAUGCCCAGAAGAUGACUGAUCUCCCCAUAGUAGUCAUACAGGGCUAUUCCUUGGCCUUCCUUCUUCAUGAGGACAGAAAGCAUCGGCUAAGCGUGAACACUGGUUUGGAAGGGAAAUGGUGUAGUCUGAUUCCAGUGGGAUGUCCUUGUCUCACCACCACUUCUGGGUUGAAAUGGAAUUUGGACAAUCAAGUAUUGGCUUUUGGAGAGCUGGUAAGCACAUCCAACACUUAUGAGGACCAUGACCCCACAGAAGGCAGAAAACUUGUGACAAUCACAACUAAAAAGCCACUUUUAUGGAGUAUGGGAAUUAAAAAGAAGUUAUGAAUAAAGGACCCAAGAACCCGA